CGCAAGGAGCAGAACGUGACAGAGUGACACCAAAGAGAUGAAGAAAAAGCUGGAGGCCAAGAGGCUGGAGCGCAUCCAGGCCAUGAUCAAGGUCACCGCAGACAAGAUGACCCAGGAGAGGUUGAAGAGAGAGAUCAACAGCUCGCACAUACAGGAAGUGGUACAGGUCAUCCGGCAGAUGACAGAGACCCUAGACGGGCACCAGAAAAGGCUGGGGGAGAAGCAGGCGGCCUGCCUGGAACAGAUCCAGGAGAUGGAGAAGCAGUUCCAGGAGGAGGCGCUGGCAGAGUAUGAGGUCAGACGGAAGAGCCUGGAGUUGGAGGUGAAGGAGUCCGUCAGGGCCUGUCUCAGGGCCUGCUUGCCCUCGGAGGCUGACAAGGAAGGAGCAGCGCGGCCCUGUGGGGCUGCUGCAGAGCCCAGUGAAAAGCCACUCACAGUGGGGAUAGAUGCCCAGGAGAGCCGCCUCUGAUGUCCCCCUCCCACUGGGACAUUCAACAAGGACUAUGGGACCCGCUCUAGGAUGUGGCACGCCCCCACGCCCACCCUCUCAGGCUGCAGACACUUGGGGCUCCCUUGGCCGCUUUGGCCCCCUCCUCCACAGCCAGGCUUGAGGAGCAAGCAGGAAAUGGGAGUUGUCAGGGUUGGGGCCCAAGGAGGCCUAGACAUCCUCCCUAAACACCGGUUUGUCCCCCAACCUUCCCCCUCUCUCCAAAUUAGCGUCAUGUAUUUGUUGAGGGCAAGGGACAUGUGUGGGCACAAAAGAAAACAGUUCUGGCCCCACUCAGCCUUUCCGAGCUAGCAGGCCCCUCACCUGGAGGUUUGAACCUGGGCCCCUGGAAACUCCACUCUAGCGUCUGGUUCCAGCAGCACCAAGCCCAGAGCCCUUCUGUCACCAGGAGGGCAGCUCUUCUGGGCUUACAGCGUCCAUCUCUUGCCCACUCUGGGCCAGCCUUGCCAUCAGCUCUCCCAGGCGGAGCCUGACAUGGUCUCCACACGCCCUGGGACCCAGCCGCACCCAGAGCUCAGGCCCUUCCCUCAGGGGAUGGGAUGGCUGACAUGGGCCUCAGGCCACUGAGACAUGUGCAGUUGGUGGUAGUGGUGGUGGUGGUAGUGGUGGGGGUUUCUCUGGGUUCUGGGGCUGUGGGGGGUACAUCCUAGCAUGCACCCUCACUCCGGUUGCCUGGCAAGGACAGCAUCAUGCUAUAUCCGGCAUGUGUGAGGUUUAUUUAUUGUUCUCUUCCCUUCCCCUACUAAAGACUCCUAUCUGGGUA